AUGACUCUUCACAAGAAGCAGCAGACAACAGUCCCCCGCAGCACUCUGCUGCUGCUGCUGCUGCUGCUGCAGCUGCUGCAGCAACAACAGCAGCAGCAGAUGCUUCAACUACAGCAGAUGGUCAGGCCCCAAGAACAGGCAAGGGUGCAUCAUCAGGGCCAUCAUCAUCAGCAGAAGCAGGUGGAGCAGCAGGAACAGCAACAGCAACAGCAGCAGCAGCAGCAGCAGCAGCAGCAGCAGAAGCAGCUGAAGCACCAAACAGCGCGAAAGACUAUCCGUGCAGCAUUGCUUCGUCAAGGCGAAGCAUUUUGUUCUGCUGUGGCUGGCGGAGACAUUCAGCACCCGAACAUGUUGCUAGACGUGGAGCUGCAGAAAACUGUCUCCUUUGUUGUCCCCCGUCUCGCGUCCCGGCUUGAGUGUGAAGGCCUACAGAUAGACCUCGGCAGCCUCAAAGCAAAAUCUCUGCUACAGCCCAGGAGACUCUUCUACCCCACACACAUGGAGACUUCGGCACUGCUAGACUCUUACUCUUGCGAACUAACGGGCCUUACUGUGGCGAGGACGAUGUCCUGCAGCAGAGACCUGCUGCGGCUGCAGAUGUAUUUGGGGGGCCUCAUUGUCCCCUUUCCUCGUCGGCUUAGCAGCUUGCUGCAGCUAUCAGCAGCAGCAGCAGCAGCAGCAGCAACUGCAGCAGGCGGUACCUCUUGGGCUGCACAGCAGCAAACUGCUGCUGACCUCGCGGGGAGCCAUCUGGAGACUGCAGGGGACUCUGCUGCUGCUGCGCCACAGACCCGGUUCGCGUCAGCAGCAGCAGCAUGGCAGCAGCAGCAGCAGCAGCAGCAGCAGCAGCAGCAGAUUAAGACUGGGGGGACAGAAGACACGAGGGGAGACUCAACUGUCUCUUACCUCGUCCGCCCCGUGGAGACAAGUACUAUCUCUCUGAAGGUUGCUCACGAUAAGUACAGGCCCGGUGUCCCCGCCUUUCAUGUGGACAUAAUUCAAGAGAGUAUUGCGGUGUCAGUGUCUCCUCACGACAUUGAGUUGUUAGCUAACCUAGCAGCCGAGUCCCUAGAGAUAUUUUAUUCUUAUUCUCCCCGGCUUGAGGCUAUAUUCAGAGAUGCAGCACAGCAGCAAGCAGCACUGGAUGCAUGCAUAGUGCAGCAGAUGGAGGCGAAGUGUGUGGAGCUGGAGCAGGAACAAAAACAGCAACAACAACAGCAGCAGCAGCAGCAGCAGCAGCAACAGAGAAAGGCUUCACACCCAGAAGAGGAGACAGUUGUCUCCUCGAUCGCUGCAGCAGGUGUAGACCAUACAACUGCUCUCGUGGGGACCCAGCUGGCUCUGAGCCGAGCAAGGGCCCAGGAGGCCCUCGCCUCUGCCUCUGACUCUCUCGUCAACAACAAACAAGGAGACAUGUAUGUGGAGAUACACUGCGCUCUGGGGGGUCUCCGGCUGUCUCUUCUUAGACGGGGCCCCACAAUAAGCUACAAGGGCAGCACACGAGACGCAGCAGCUGCUGCUGCUGGUUCGGCUCCUGCUGCAGCAGCAGGAGACAACGAAGACGCGGACUCCUUUGCUGUUCCUGUUGCAGCAGGGCCUGCUGCUGCAUCCACAGCAGCAACAGCAGCAACAGCAGCAACCUCAGCAACUGCAGCAACUGGAUCCCACGCAACAGCUACGGAUACAGCUGGAGGGGGUGGGGGGCCCCCUCGCAGCAGCGGGCCUGGGCUUCAUCUGCAGCACCGGCGGAUGCGUUGGCAUUUCGACUCUCCUGCUGCUGCUGCUGCUGCUGUUGCGUCAGCAGCAGCAGCAGGAACAGCUCCUGUUGCAGCAGGAGUUGGGGGCUUUCUAAGUGGAUUUGCACAGAUGGCUGCAUCCGCAAUGGACGGGCUGUCCGCGCAGCAGCGGGCGGCGUCGUUGAUAUCAGGGGAAGGGGGGGGGGCCCCCGAGGGGCCCCUCCAGGGUUAUGUUGGGGGGCCCCCCAGGUGCUGUGUCCCCUCCUAUGGGGGCUGGCUGUCUGCUUGUCUGCCCCUAACAGAGCCAUGCAUCGGACAGGCAUACAGGCCGUACCAGACCAUUGGUCCACUGGUCACGCUGCUGCUCGGGGAAUGCUUCAUCGAGGCCUUCACCUCAACUGAGGGACUGCUGCAGGCUCGUGUUGCGCUGCAAGGGGCUGAGCUGAGAGAUGAUACAAACAUCGCACCCAUCUGUCUCUCUUCUCUAUACUUGGGAUCGGGAUCGUCAGACACCCCACAACAACCCCACACACACGACCAACAGGAGACACAGGAAACUGUCUCCGCACCCAGCCAACAUAUAUUCCCCCCAAGAGGAGACACCCGCAGCAACUUCGUUACAUGCGACACCAGCAGCAGCCCGGCAGCAGCAGCAGCAGCAGCAGCAGCAGCGCAGCAGCAUCUGCAGCAGCCAAGCAGCCAAACAGAUUCAGUCGCCCGAGACAAACAAGCAACACAACGAAUGGAAAAAGCCCGCAGCGCUGUCAUCGUCACUGAGACCAGAGCAGUGAGCCAGCAGCAGCUGCAGCAGCAACAGCAGCAGCAGCAGCAGCAGCGGACAGAUUCGAGAACGGAGGAGAAAGGGUACGAAGAUUGUCCUUUCCGUCGACGUACUUGUUUUGCCCCCCACAGCAGCAGCAGCAGCAGCAGCAGCAGCAGCAGCAGCAGCAGCAGCAGCAGCAGCAAGAGUAUUUGUUCAUUGCUGCAGUGUUGUCCUCGUCGUCCUCACCUGGAGCUGCGUCUCUCUGGCAACACAACCGAGGAGACAGUGGAGACAGUUGUCUCUCUCGCUAACACACGGCUGGUGUUAGUAUGGGAGGUGCUCAACGAAGUGCUGCAGGUGGCUAGCCAGCUAGCUGAAGACAUGCCCACCUUCCAGUCUCCUCCGCCUCCUCUGCCCCCUCCUCCUCCUCCUUCUUGGUCUCCGCUUCACCCGCAGCACCAGCAACAGCAGCAGCAGCAACAGCAGCAGCAGCAGCAGCAGCAGGAGGGGGUCUCUUCAUCCGAGCUGCUCGAGCAGCAGCUCGAGGCCGUCGUGCACCGCCUGCUGCGGGCGAGAAAGAGAUACUCAUCGAAGGCCCCACCCAGCAGAAACCCCAGCAUGGGUACAACAGAUAGCAGGUGGUUUAGCUUGGCGGGAGGAGACGAUCCCAGGGACUCAGCUGCCUCGGCCUCUGACUCAGCUCCCCCAUGUAUGGGGACGCAGCAACCACUGCAGCACGAAAUCUCUUCCCCUGAAACUGAAUCAGCAGCAGCAGCGCCAACUGCAGCACCAACUGCAGCAGCAGCAGCAGCAGCAGCAGCAGCAGCAAGCUGCAGAGAUACGUCAGUGACUGCUCAACUGCUCGGCGAAUUCCCCCUGCGGUGUUCCACCCGCUACACUACCAGAACCGCGUCCUCUCCUCCAGAGCAGCAGCAGCAAGUGCAGCAGCAACAGCAGCAGCAGCAGCAACAGCAGCAACAGCAGCAGCAGCAGCAGCAGCAGCGAGAGGGUAAGCAGGAUGAUGAGUUGGUUGUCCCUGGUUCUUUACCUGCAUGGGUCCCCGCAGAGAGCGCCAAUGGCUCCAGUAUGUUUGACAACGGGCGUCUCCUGCGGGCUAUAGAGGAGACACAAUUUGGGGGGAGAGGAGACAGCUGUCUCCCCCAGUUUGGAGACAGUGAGGGGGAGGGGCAUCGUCUCCCUGGCUGCAACGGAGACACUAUGAUGCUGCAGCACAUGAAGCGGGCUGGGCGCUGGCGUCUCCCCAGCAGCGCGUUUGCUGCGGGAGAGAGUGUUCGAGCUGUGGGGUGCGCGGGGGGCCCCGAGGCCUUCAACAACUGCAGCAGACUGCCGCAGCUGCAUCUCCGUCUCCGCAUGCAGCAGGUAGAGAUAUGGCUACCAACAGAACCCGUACGCAUGCCUGCUGCACAGCAAGCAGAGACACAGCAGCAAACCCCCUUCAGUAAGCGCAGCACAACUGCAGCAGGUCUAGCAGCUGUCUCCCACAGUGAACGUAGGAGACAGCAGCAGCAGCAGCAACAACAAAUUCAGCAACAGCAGCAGCAGCAGCAGCAGCAUGGGGACACAACAGAAGGGGACACUUCUAAGCCCACCAAUGCAAGCGGUACCCUCACUGCUGCCCCCACAGGGGGGGCCCUAGGCAAGAAAGGCAGAAACCUCCUCAACCGUCUCCGCUUCGAUAACGUUUUGUCUGUAGAGAGUAAGGGGGGGCCCCCGACGGAGACAGGGACAGUGGUGGGGUCGUGGGGUGGUAGACGCCGUAAAGGAGACACCCAGCAGCAGCAACAGCAACAGCAGCAGCAGCAGUUGCUGCUGCACCACUUUGUCCCCGAUGGGAUCGCUGGAGCUGUCCCUGGGAUCGUCUCCGGUCUCGCGUCUGCUGCUGCAGGGGUAUCGAAUGCAACGGCGAGGGGACGGAGAGCUCUGUUGGGUGUGGGGCGCAGCAGCACGGGGCUGCUGCAGCAGCAGCAGCCGCAGCAGCUGAUGUACUGCAGCAGCAAUCUACAAACAGGAAAGAGGUUCUUAGCGAGGCCCCUCAAGGCCUCAGCAGUAGACUACUGGAGGGGCCUCCGCCGCCUCGUGCUGCGGAGAGACAGAGCAACGCCAGAGGGGACAGCUGCGAUCGCUGCAUGCGCAGCACGAGUCCCCAAGCUGAUUGCUGUCUCUGCUGGGUUUGAGUUCUCCUUGGGCAUGUUCUCUCUCCAGCAGCAGCAGCAGCAGAAGCAGCAGCAACAGCAGCAGCAACACCAGAGUCAGCAGCAGCAGGAACAGGAGGAGACAGAUGAAUACAACAUACCGGAGCUUGCAUUUGUGAGAGAGGUUGAGAGCAGUGAUUUGUUCCCGCUGCAGCAACUGUCUCCUUAUUGUCCCUGUCUUAUACGUGUGGGGUUAUAUGUAUCGCGUCUAUGUGCUGUAGCAACACAGCCAGAGCUGCUGUCUCCUUUGCUUCCUUGUGUGGUGGCCUGGGAGCCUCUACGUCUCAGCAGUCCCCUUCUGUCUCCAACAAGAAUGGAGCUUCAGGUGUCUCUGUGUCUCCCCUCAGCUGAAGCAUUGAAGGAACGUAUCUGUGGUGUCUCCCCUGAUGUCUCUGCUGCACUGCGGCAGCGGUAUGGGUUGCUGCAGGCAACAGAGCCAGAGGGUCUGUGUGUGCGUCUUGUUGUUGAGCCUGUAUUACUAACCCUCGAUACUCUUUCUGUUGUUCUUACUUAUCAACUUCUAUCUAUUGUUAAUGCUCUUACAGAAGAAACUAAUAAACUUUUCCCCACACCACCACCAACACAGGAUGAACUCAAGGCUGCAGCACCUGAGGCAUCAGAUACCCUCACCAGCGCAGCCAAAUCUAUCACAGCAACCACCAGCAACCAACACAGACAAACAACACCAACCCUACCACCACCACCGCAUACACACCCAUCAGCAGCAGCAGCAGCAGCAGCAGCUUAUGAACAGUAUGCUGCUGCAGCAUACGCGCAUGCGGAAGAAGAAGCAGCUGCUGGUGGGUCACGGGGCCCCGGCCGGGGCCUCAACCCGGUGUUGGAGACUUUCAUUGCUGAGCAGCAGCAAGAGCAGCAGCAGCAGCAGCAGCAGCAGUACCUGCAGCAGCAGCACCGCCGUAUGUCGCCUACAAGGGAUGGUGGGUCUCUGCUGCUGUCUGGUGCAGCAGAAGGAGGAGGGGAGGGGUUGUGGGGGGCCCCCUGGGCCCCCCCACCAGUCCCCGAGGAGGAGACAGAGAAAACUUGUGUGUUGACGACGCAGGAGGCAUUGGGGGGGUUGCUGCAUACAACAGCAAUGGCAUUUGAGGUGUCUGCUGAGCUGUUUCGGGUGUCUCUAUGGGAUACAUUCAGUGUCAGCAGAAAGUGUUGCUUUUCUCUUACAGUUGAGGACGUGGAGCUGAGGGGGGCGUCAAGGCCCCGGUGUACGGAGACGAUCCCACUCGAUCCCAGCCCCACAACUCUUGAUGCAUGCACAGAUCCAUUCCUCAAGGCCUGUUGUACUCGACUACAACACCAAGAACUCUGCGCCAGGCACCACAAACUCAGACGCAGAUUUAUACACAUGCAGGCCCCCGUUAAGCGAAGAGACAGCAGAACAACUACAACUACACACCAGCAGCAGCAGCAGCAGCAGCAGCAGCAGCAGGUGCUGCUGCAGCAGGCGGAGACUGCAACGGGCACAAGACUCAACCCACAGACCUCUCACUCCUUCUUCAGCCAAGAGUCUGACGGCGAAGUACAAGGGGGGGCCUCGGGGGGGGCCCCGGGGGGGGCCCCCACGGGAGCCCCUUUACCUUGUGUUUCAGGUGCUCCUAAGGACACGGUGGUGGGUGCGGAUUCAUUGAUGUCUUUUGCUUCUAGCAGAAAGGAGAAGCGGAGAGAUCGUCGGCAGCAGUUGCAGCAGCAGCUGCAGCAGCAGGUGCAGCAGCCGCCGCAGCAAGAACGAUUGGGGUCUCGUUCUCUGUCUCGGGGGCUGCGUAAUAUGGCAUCUGCCUCUUUGGCGAGUGCUUCUCGUCGGCGUCAAGGAGACAGAGAAAGAGAGAAAGAAAGAGACAGAGACAGAGACAGAGACAGUAACGGGCCUCAUUUCUUAUGCACUAACGAUAGACUACAAACAAGCGAGACACUGCAGGCCCUCCCCUUCACAGAAGACAGGAGAGAGACAACCGGCAGCGACAUCGCCUCUGCCUGGUCAACAGGAGAUGUAUUCUGGCGGAUAUGGAGAGACGUUGAAGAGCAGCAAGAAAGACAGCAGCAGCAGCAGCAGCAGCAGCAGCGCUCGGUGACCGCACACAGCAGCACACAGCUGCAACAGGGAGGAGCAACGCAGGGCGUCCAGGCUGGGUUGACGCUUGAGGCGGGUCUGGCGUCCCUGAUAUCUGCAUGCGGCACCGGGCAGCAACAGCAGCAACAGCAGCACCAGCAGCAGCAGCAGCAACAGCAGCAGCAGCUGCUGCAACAUUCAACAGCAAAACACAGGAGUGUGAAGUGCACGCGACACGCACAACGCCAAGGCAGUCUACUGGCUCACGGCCGUCGCCGUGUCUCUCGUUUCCGUCUGCCUAAGUCUUUCCGUCGCUGGGUUGUUUCUCAGUUUAGGGGCCCGGGUGGUGGUGGGGGCCCACCUGGUGGGGGUACUGGGGGCCCCCAGGGGCCCCCCAUCCCGUGGGUACGCGAAGCAGCAAGCGGGGAAAGGCUAAGACGCCUGAUGAUGGCGUCGGAGCCGUGGGCGAGCAUCGACUUGAGUUUUGUUGUCUCCGCGGAGCAUUUGAAUAGACUCGAGGGGACAACAGAUGCAACCAUAGAGCCGUGGAGACUGGAGACAGUUGGGCGCAAAGUGUCUCUUACAGACCCCACACUUUUAGAUCUCCGAGCUUCUUGGCUUAACCUAAACUUUAAUGUUGCUCUAGCAGAUGCAUUACUUGUAUAUGGAUAUGCACUUAUAGGUGUUGUCGUUCGGCAGCGGGCUCUCCUGCAUCUCAACACACGCAGACUGGGGCCCAAGGCACCCCCACAACCAGGGGUACUAGGGGCCCCUGGGGGCCCUCUAGGGGGCCCCCUCGGGGGCCCCCUUAACAGGGAAGGGUAUGCACAAACUGUUCAUGGGGGGGGCCUCAGAAGACCUGAGUCUAUCGAGACACGCAGCGUGCGGGUUGGGGGUGCUGCACCAACGGAGGUGGGGGCAUCGGAGCUGCGGUGGUCUCAGCAGCAGCAGCAGUUGUAUCUGCUGCAGCAGCAUGGAUUGUGUGGUUCUGGUGACGGUAGUGAGGCUUCGCAUGCAUUAGCAGCAGCAGCAGCAGCAGCAGAAGUCCCCUCAUACUAUGCUGUACUGAGGCCUGAUGGUACUGUUGUGGGGAGCAGUGGCUUUGACUUGUUUGCGCGGCUCGAAGACGCACUGUCUCUGGAUCUAUUGGGGGACCAUCUGCUGCAGCGGUCAUCUGUGCACAUGUCUCCUUGUGCUGAGUUUGCUGGGGAUCAGUUGAAGGAGGCGCAGCAGCAGCAGCAGCAGCAGCAGGCAACGGCAUCUGCUGCUGCUGCUGCAGCAGCAACAGCAACAACAACAGCUGAGGAAACAACUGAUAAGGAAUCGGGGAGACCAGCACAACUUGUACACCCGCAACAGCAGCAGCAGCACCCCUCGUAUACUUCUGCUGCUGUGUCUGCAACAGACGGAGGCAGCACUGCAGCAGACAACACAAACAGAGACCAAGCCAGCAGCAACCCGAUGCUAUACAAUUUGUUGGGACAACCUAUAGCCAUCAUGACAGCUUCUGCUGUCGUCUUGUGUGCUUGUUGUCUAUGCUUGAAUGCAUAUUCAAUUUAG